AUGGGUGGAAGUGCAGUUAAUGAUGAUUGGGAAUUUACUAAACAUGAAGCUCGGACAUUAGUUCUGCUGGGUCGCACCGGUAAUGGAAAAAGUGCGACAGGCAAUAGCAUUAUUGUAAAAAAAGAAUUCACGUCAAAGUACAGCUCUUCUGGUGUUACAAGUACCUGUCAACUUGAGAGUGCUCAAUUAGACGAUGGUCUGACUAUUAAUGUGAUCGAUAACCCUGGGUUGUUUGAUUUUUCUGGUGAACCUGAGGUUAUUGGAAAAGAAAUUAUCAAAUGUAUGGAUUUGGCCAAGGAUGGUAUCCAUGCUUUUCUUUUAGUUUUGUCUGUCCGAACGUGGUUUUCUAGAGAAGAACAAGCCGCUGUACAGAGCUUUCAAGAGUUCUUUGGGAACAGAAUUAGUGAUUACAUGAUUGUAGUCUUCACUGGAGGAGAUGAGCUUGAAGAUAGUGAUGAGACUUUGGAUGGUUACUUAGGCAAUGACUGCCCUGAAGAAACUCUUAAGUUGUGUGAUAAUAGGAAAGUGCUUUUUGACAACAAGACUAAAGAUCCAAAGAAGAAAGACUGCCAGUUUAAAGAACUUCUUUCACUUGUGAAUUUGGUUUUGGAGAAGAAUGAUGGUGUACCAUAUACAAAUGAAUUGUUCAAGGCAUUACAGGCCAUGAAGGUUAGUUCCUUGUUUGGUGAUGCUGAGCACGAGAAAACUCAGGCGACGGAACCAAUUCCAAAGUAUUAUGAGGAGAAACUUACUGAAAAGAUUAAGGCUGCGGCUACAAUCUCUCGCUUGUUUAGAACUGCUAAUUAG